AUGGAAAAAUCUGGGCACAACCCUUUGGACCAAGUCAACCAUACCAGAGUGAUCACGGGCUUUGUCCUCCUGGGCUUCCCAUCCCUUUUGCCCUCAUUCCAGCUGCUCCUAUGCUCCUUCCUUUCCAUUUCCUAUGUCUUCACCUUGGUGGGGAACCUCUGCAUUGUAUGGGCUGUUCUUUUGGACUCCCAACUCAGCCGCCUGCCCAUGUAUAUCCUCUUGGGAAACUUUUCUGGCCUAGAGAUAUGCUACGUAACCACCACAGUACCCAGCAUGCUCUUUGAUCUGACCUCUCCACUACCAGAUGCCAUUUCUUUCCAUGGCUGUUUCCUCCAGUUCUACUUUUUCUUUUCUAUGGGAACCACAGAAAGCUUCCUUCUCGCUGCAAUGGCCUUGGACCGAUACUUAGCCAUCUGCCACCCAUUGCGAUACCCAGAGCUCAUGUCUCAAAGGUUCUGCUGCAUCCUGGCUGCUUCCUGCUGGGCCUCUGGCUUCCUCUGGUUUCUGGCACCCAUAAUUUUGAUUUCGCAGCUCCAUUUCUGUGGCUCCAACAUCCUUGACCACUUUAUCUGCGACCCAGGGCCACUGUUGGCUUCUUCAUGCACUCCAGCCCUAGGCACAGAACUGGCCUUCUACAGCCUCAGCUCCACUGCUAUUUUCGUCCCCUUCCUCUUCAUUGUUUCCUCCUAUGCUACUCUCCUCUGGACAGUAAUGAGGUUGCCUUCAAGCACUGGGAGAUGGAAGGCAUUUUCCACUUGUACCUCACAUAUGCUGGUGGUAAGCCUCUUCUAUGGCUCCAUCAUGGUCACUUAUGUAGCACCCGAAGCUUCUGGAGGAAGCAACAAAGUGGUAACACUUUUCUAUUCAGUGCUGACCCCUUUGCUCAACCCAUUCAUCUACAGCUUGAGGAACAAGGAGAUGAAAGAUGCCAUAAAAAGGACACUAUUCUAGGAAAAUUAGGGACUAUGAUUCGUGGAUGGUUGGUCUAGACCUUGGUCAAGAGAUCAGGGC